UUAAAGAGCAAUGUUGAUGGAGGGGUUGGUGUUGGUGACACUACUGUAGUUGUUUCAAGUUUAAAUCCUGUCGAAGGAAGUUUGCCUCCAAGUCCAAAACACCUUAAUACGUUAGCUGCUACAGAAAAAGAAUCAAAUAGAAAAUGUUUGGCAACAAAUACUAUACGGAUAGAAAAUGAUGGUACGCCGAAUUUCAGCCAGGGUUCCGCUAAAACUCAUCAACAGAAGUUUCUUUAGCAAAAACAGUCGGGCUCUGAUUAUGAAGCCCAACCAUUCUCCCCCGAGCUACCGAAUAUACAAAAAGUAUACAAAAAGCAAACUAAAAAAGAUGGCAGUCAGCCAAUUAACGGUAUGAAAUCAAAUGGAUUUUUGGUUUCUCGAUUAAAACAACAACCAAAUAUUUCUCCGACACUUCCUGUUCUAUUUCCACAUUUACCGAUGAAUGCAAAUUUAUAUAUGAAUAGUCAACAUACUCAACUAUCCGAUCGAUAUUUAAAUAACAAAGUGUCCCAAAAAAUCAAUUCCAUCGAUGUUAAGGGAGCUAUUUCAAGCAGAUCCCUCCACGCAGUCAAUCAAGUUUCAUCCAUGUCAUCAACAAUAAUUUGCAGCUGUGAGAAAUCAGUAAAUUCAAAUGGGUCCGAAUCAAAAGAAGCAGAUGUUUUAAAAACAAAUUUAGAAUCUGAUACUGCCAAACAUUUCGGUAUAAGCAUUGCCAAAUUUCAAGACUCUACUGUGUCCCAAAUAUUUCCCACGAAAGAUAAUAGCAUAAACAGAGGCACGGAUGGGCCAACACAGGUAUGUUAUCAACCAAAAAGUGUACUUGGAAAGGCAAAAUCAGGACUAUGUUCGAAAAUGCCGUGUAAUAGAAAAAAUACCUUUCAACAUGCCGUGAUGAUUUAUGAAGAAAACGAUAUCAAUUCCUUAAAGUACGGAGGCUCUCAAGUGAUAACCCCAUAUUUUAUAAAGCCAGACAAUCAAUUAACAUGUCAUGUUUCUCAAAAAAUUAGCAAAUCCGAGCAAACUUCUCCAAAUAAUAUAGAAAUGGACAAAGCUAAUUUUUUAUAUGAUUUGUAUCAUGAUCAAAAUACCAAGCAAAGAAGUACUGGCUGUUUGCUAUAUCCUUCGAAUCCAUGGAUUAGAAAAACCGAUAUUAACCAUAGCAUUUCCUCUAAAGACGAAAAACAUUUACACUUAUUUCCAAAUAUCGAUCCGUGGGUCAAACGUCAAACGGACUGCUCAUUAGAACUAUCACGGUUUCAAACAGAAUAUAUCUGUCAAGAUAAACCAAUUUCUGACGCUAAAAAAAAAUCUUUUUCGGAAAUAAUAAAAAAAAAAAAUUGUAUGCAACAAACAUUAAAUAAUAUUAAAAACGCUAAUGAUAAUCACGUCGUUUUAGAUAAGCCUGGGCUGCUGUUUGCCACAUUUUCUUCACAAAACGGUCCACCUUCAUAUAAAUUAAAUACAAAUUCCCACACAAAAUCUGGCAGUUUUAUACUGGAUAAAUUAAGGGAUAUUUCGUAUCCGCUAUCAAACAACGCCAGUAAAACUGAAAAUGAAAAUUUUAUUCAUUUUUUUUGUCAAAAUGAUCAAGGAAACUUGAAACUUCACGCCGAAAAUUUGCAAUCUAGACAUAGCUUUUCAACAAUCUCAACCAAAUGUAAAGAAGAGUUACCCUUAAAUAUUCGUAGACUAUCAGAGCAAAUUUAUAAGCCGUCAUUAAAAAGAAUGGUUCCGUUGUCAAUUAGCGAUUUUGACUUGCGUAAUAUCCCAGUUUCUGAAAAAGUGUUUGAUCAAAAAAUCCGUUCGAUUGGAAUACACAGGCCAGAAAUAUUUCAUGAAAAUACAAAUAUUUCAGAGCAACAUGCCAGUUGCCGUAAAGACUUAAUAUCUUUAAAACUUUCCCCCAAAAAAGUAAAACCCUUUUCAAGUACUCAUAAGCCGGAUACUUUGCUAGAAACCACCUGUUAAAAAAAUUGUACUAAAGAAUUUAAAGUCAAUUUUAAAAUGUAUCGUCAUAAGCUCAUUUUGAUUUAAUGUAUGUAUUCAUAGAACAUCUAAAACUUAUUGUGUAUCAAUUGAAUCCAAAUACAAAUAAUCAAGAAUACAAGA